AUGGAGUGUCCUUCUUUAAGCAGACGCGUCAGUACGCGAGCUGGUGUCUUCUCGGCAGUCCACCGCCACCUUCCAACUUCAAAUGCAUCGUGCCUACCUUCAUCUUCUCGCCCCACAACGCCGAUCGUCAUCUCGCCAGAAGUGUUAUGCACCGGAGCUAAACCGAUAUCCGACCCGCGGCUUUCCAGCCUGAUGACCUCCGCCUUGCACUCAUCCCCAAGCUCGUCACUCUGCCCCGCCCUCUCGUCGGCUCAAAUUGCAAAUGUUGGAGACGGCCAAUUUUCUGAUGCUGGCAGUGAGGAGGAAGAAGCUGCCAACAACCCUCACAGGAAGAAGAGGGUGAAAUUGACCUCAUCCCACUCGGCGCAAGACAAUCUUUCCCUACCGACGAAGUGCAAUACUCCAGCAGCGGCCUCAUCAAGAGGCUUCACAUCUAGUAAUGUCGCAGACGCAUUUGAAGAUCAGGACACUUCAGACGUAGAAGUUGUUGGUGGUGGACCAUCCGUACCAUACAACACGACAAGUGCAAGUCUCGGCAAAGGUCUCCGAAGUACAAGACCUACGAAAUCCAACACAACGACGGUCGCUAAGCAAACUUCACUUACUCAUGACCGUAAAGCUCAACUCCCUAUGGCUACCCGGAGAUUGGCUAUGUUGGCGGGCAUCCCUGAAUCCUCGCAAGCCAUCAUUCAGAGUACCCUCUUCCCCCCCUCCAGACGCCCGAAUCUCAGCAAGAGUCCUUCGUAUGCUGCUAGUACUACACCUCGAGCCGGUACCAACUCCCAAGCCACGACGAGCCUUCCCACUUCGGACAGUUUGAAUUGCUCUCUUGUUUCCUCCUCGGCUCCCAACGAGAGCGCCUCCCGAUAUCCCAAGCCACCCUCUUCGACAAGUGCAGCUUGUAGCUCCCCAAGGGAUUCUUCGAAUCGGGGGAAUACUGCCACCCUACGGCAUGUCCCAGCACGGAGGUCCGCGUCAACCUGUCACGCAGACCCCGCUCUUACGGCAAUGACGACAGGCAUUGGAUCCCAGCAAGCGCCGCAUGUCCCUCUAAGUGAAUCGAUUUGCGACGCGCGAGAGGUAAAUCGCGAUGGUAGCACGGAACUGCCUGCUCCGCGUUAUGGUCGUCCAUCAGAUUGUGCCGGUGCUUUCACCAUGCCCGCACCUGGCAGUUUCUCCAUUCGUGCACCUCCUUCCACACAGCUGCUACGAGCUUACGAUCCUUCGUUGUGCCCCGAGGCUUCCGAAUUAGCGAGUCGCCCAGGAAGUCAGUUGGAAAGUUUUGAAGAAAGUUCCGAACUCGAUACUUCUAGCCAGCCCCCGAGUACAUGCCCUCCUCAUAGUCCUAGUGCAAGCUCUUCGCAUACUGUCAUGGCGUCAGUACUUCCGUCACGUGCUCCUGGAAAUCGUGGGAAGCGUAAGGCUGGCCAAUCACAAGCGACAUCACAAACGAGUGGAAGUGAUAAUGGGCGGUCCGAACUUGGAUUCGUGAAACCGCCUCCAACGAUCAAUGGCAAAGUCUCACACAGUCGCAAGGUACCAUCGGGAUACAUCAAGCGGACCCCAAACUCGUUCUUGAUGUUUCGGUCUCAUGUCAUCGCCAACAAGUUACUACCGCCUGGGGUCGAGGGCGACAACCGGCAAAUCUCUCGAGUCGUGUCAGGCCUUUGGGCCGGGCUGAGUGAAGAGGAUCUGCAAUCGUGGCAGACGGCUUCGAGAGAAUUGAAGGCAGCCUCGCGCGCCAUGAAUCCGGGUAUGAAGCAUGCUCCGAAUCAAAAGAGGAAGGAGGUGGUCCGGCGCCGCCGAAAUGGCCAACUCCCAGGUGAAACACCCGAACAGCGAGUAGAGCGAGAAAAGGCAACUGCGGUCGCACUUGCCAAAGUGAUCAUCGAUACUCGCGGAGAGAAACUUGGCAGGGAUGCGAUGGCACAAUCGCCGGCUUCGGUACAGCGCUCCACUCCCAAGGCGCAAACGAUUCCUCUUCGUGAUUCAACGCGUGAAACAAAUCGGACAGAAUUCCGUGCCCCAGUCUACUAUGGUGGCCAAGCAUCGACUCCCCGGUCAGAGUACCCACGCUCCGAGUACGCCGAGUCUACCCUCACGACUUCUCCGGCGGGCGAGGCCCGUCGAUCGCUGUCUGCUAUAGAAGAGUCUCCAGUGCGACCCAGAACUUCCCUCCCAGGAAUGUCGUCCGCGAGAUACCUAUUACCACCCGAGCGGUCUCACAUGGUCAAUCAAGCGGCUCAACAAUCCAUUGGGCUACCCCAGAGUACUAUCCGACAGGAUUUCGUGUCCCCAGUUUCUGCUUCCACUCAGUCUGCCAACAAUCAGACCGAGCCCCCAUUCAAUCAGCCGGGUAACGAAUCAUACUCAGGCUUAUUCUCAAAUGUGGGCACUGGGCUUGAUGCUUCAGCAAGUUUCACCGAGACGUUUUCCAAUGAGAUGUUGCGAUCACUAGGCUUGACAGCCUCGGACCUAAACCUGACUCAGCCCGCAUCAAGCUCUCUGCCACAGACCACGACAGGUGCGAUGAAUGACAGUAUCUUUCAGGGGAAAAGCUUCGCAAUGAGAGAGGGUGUUCAGGAUCAGAGCUCUAGUAUUUGGUCCCAAGAGACUGGAUACAACAACCUGGUAAAUUCCAGCUCGACCGAAUAUCCCUUCCGCGACACGACUGGCUCACAGCAAAACUCCCAGACCACUGCGCCAGGAAUCGCACAGAGUUCAUACCCCUCAUCUUCUCAGCUGUCUCAAGCCGACACUUCUCAGCCGCUCGAAUUUAGUGCAUUGAUCGACGAUUCCUCCUUUACCGACCCGCUGAAGUCCGACGUAUUCAACUUCGACUCGAUGUAUCUCAACUAUCAGUCGAAUCCGAUAUCGAACAAAGCUUUGGAAGAAGCUUGCCAAUCACUUACCACUAACAGGAGUGAGAGCGCUCUGGGCAGCACAACUGGGGAGCCUACACCUAACCAAGGUUGCUCGAAAAGUUUUUGGUCAAAUUUGUAG